UAAUUUAUUAUUAUUAAAGAAUUUUAAUUCCAUGAGCUUGUUUAUCUGGACAUAAUGAGAUAAUGACUGAUGACCUAUUAUUUAUUUAUCAUUCACAAUAACAGUGGAACGUGGACGUGGAAACAGCUCAGAGGAAUUGAAAACACGGAAAUUUAACCCUAAAUAUAAAAAUAACGAAGCUGGCGGCAGUCCUCGGCUUCCGUAGAGUGACCUGCUCAACAUGGCGGCAGCUUUAGGACAUAUUGGAACAGGAAGCGUGGAAACUGCUGCGCCUGCGCAGUGGCUGAUCCCGGGUCCCUGUAAAGAUGUCUGAGCAGGCGGGGAGGGAGCGGAGCGGAGGACCCGAAACAAACGGACAAAACCCGCGACUCUCCGCAACUUAACCGAACAAGGUAAAGUGAGUCUUCCUGUCUGGGCAGGUCGAUGUCAUUCUGACGAGCAGCUGAGAUGUCCAAUGACAGCCAGGGAUCGGUGAAGGGGGAGGCGGCCAUGAUGCCAUCUCCUUCUGUCCCCGCCUCCUCCCAGGGACCGCCCCUUUCUCCAUCCAGCACCUCCAAACCACCUGAACUCCCAGAUGAACUGGUCCAGGCUGGAUGGUCUAAAUGCUGGUCUCUCUCUCUGACCUAUGAACUGGUCCAGCUGUCUGUCUGUGUGUGUGUGUGUGUCUCUCACUGCCUGUCUGUCUGUGUGUGUGUGUGUGUCUCUCACUGCCUGUCUGUCUCUCAGUCUGACCCUUUAGGUCUGAAUGCAGCUCCAGCAGAGGGUGGAGAUGGUAACCUUGGGAAUGGUCAGAGGAAGAGGAGGGGCUCUGAGGAGCAGGGGGUGGGGCAGAACAGCUUCAAGCGAGCUAAGGUGGAGCCCACCACACCCAUCUCUCCCAGCACGCCAGGAGUCAAACCCUGGAGCUCUGCCCCUGAUGACAAACAGGCCCAAAUGACCACGCCCACUACCCCGAGCCCCGCCCCUGCUCCGUACAGGCCAGCCGUGAUCUACUGGGACUUGGACAUCCAGACCAAUGCUGUGAUCAGAGAACACCCUCCUGCCAACCACCUGCCCCCCCACCCUGAGAUCGAGCUGCAGAGGGCUCAGCUGGUCACCAAACUGAGGCAACACUACCACGAACUGUGCCACCAGAGAGAAGGUAUUGAUCCGCCCCGGGAGUCGUUCAAUCGUUGGUUACUGGAGAGGAAGGUGAUCGACAAAGGUCAAGACCCCUUACUGCCGAGCGACUGUGACCCCAUCAUCUCCCCAUCCAUGUUUAGAGAGGUCAUGAACGAUAUUCCCAUCAGGUUGUCUCGUAUCAAGUAUAAGGAGGAAGCUCGGAAGCUGCUGUUUAAAUACGCUGAAGCCGCCAAAAAGAUGAUCGACUCCAGGAAUGCGAGUCCGGAGAGCAGGAAGGUGGUGAAGUGGAACGCUGAGGACACUAUGAACUGGCUGCGCCGAGAUCACUCCGCCAGCAAGGAGGACUACAUGGACCGUCUGGAGCACCUGAGGCAGCAGUGCGGUCCACACGUUGCCGCUGUCGCCAGAGACUCUGUGGAGGGAAUCUGCUCCAAGAUCUACCAGCUGUCUGCAGAGUACAGCCGGCGCCUGAGACACACACACCUGAGCCUGCUGCAGGACCCCCCCACAGAGGCGUGUGCGUCCCCUCAGCAGUCCCGGUUGGUGUACUGUUACCCGGUUCGUCUGGCGCUGCCAUCUCCGCCACUCCCUCGAGUUGAGCUGCACUUUGAGAACGACGUGGCCUGUCUGCGCUUCAGAGGGGAGAUGGUCAAAGUCAACAGAGGACACUUCAGCAAACUGGAGUUGUUGUACAGGUACAGCUGUAUAGACGAUCCUCGCUUUGAGAAGUUCCUCUCCAGAGUUUGGUGCCUCCUCAAGAGAUAUCAGGUGAUGUUUGGCAGCGGGGCUAACGAGGGGACAGGCCUGCAGGGGGCGCUGCCCGUGUCGGUGUUUGAGGCGCUGAACAGACAGUUCGGAGUUUCCUUCGAGUGUUUUGCUUCACCGCUCAACUGUUACUUCAAACAGUUUAGCUCCGCCUUCCCUGACAUCGACGGCUUCUUUGGAUCCAGAGGCCCGUUCCUGUCUUUCUGUCCGGUCAGCGGUUCCUUUGAAGCCAACCCUCCAUUCUGUGAAGAACUGAUGGACGCCAUGGUGACGCACUUUGAGGAGUUGUUGGAUCAGUCCUCGGAGCCUCUGUCCUUCAUCGUCUUCGUCCCUGAGUGGCGUGACCCGGUGACUCCGGCUCUGACCCGCAUGGAGGGAAGUCGCUUCCUCCGUCACCAGCUGAGCGUCACGGCCUUCGAGCAUGAGUAUCGGUCUGGGAGCCAACACAUCUGCAAGAGGGAUGAGAUGUACUACCGGGCGGUACAUGGUACUGCAGUACUUUUCCUUCAGAACGACGCCGGUUUUGCGAAGUGGGCUCCGACUCCAGAGCGUCUGGCUGAGCUGACGGCGGCAUAUCGCCCGUCCCCCUCCAACCCCUCUUCCUUGUCCUCUCCUGGCCCCGCCCACAUCACUCCCGGAGACAGAGACUCCACCCCCAAGCCCUGUGAUAGGCCACAGAGCGCCGUGAUGUCACCUGGUGGCCAUGACAACGACAACAACAACAACAACAACAGCAGCAGCAGUAGCAGUAGCAGCAGCAGCAGCAGUCCUCGAGACAAGAUGGCUGCUGUGUAGUGGGCGGGGCCUGUAGUAUUUCCCAGAGUUCCUUUGUUCUGACCGUCGUCUCGUCCUCACCAGCACCUGUAGCACAUCCUGUCCGCAUACCCACAAUGCCGCUCUGCCACCAGCAGGGUUAACCCUGUUGUUGCUGGUUCGCCCUGCUGGUCUGCCCCCCCACUUCACAUCCGCUCUUCUGAUUGGUCGAAGCUCUGACUUCACAGAUCCUGUUUCUUAGCAACAAGCAGCACAGUCAACAGAAGAUUUAAUUCAUCAGCGAGCCGCCGCAUGUCGGAGCUCCAGCAAUAAAAACAUGUGAUGUCAUCUGUGAUGUCACUGGUCCUCCAGGUCACUGGAGGGCUUCUGAUUGGUCCCCACACCGACAGGGCUUGGUGAUUGGUCGACAAGGCAGCUAACGUUUCUAUUGGACUUUCUUUGUUGAGUUGGACAGAAUCCAGUGAUGUCCAGUGCCAGGCUCCGCCCCCUCAGGACAGCCUGGCCAAUCGGUGUCAGGCAGAUAUGGAGGCAGAGCCUGAGGUCACGAUCGCUGGAGGAAGGAGGCGGAGUCAGAACCGGGACUCAUCAGACUUCCUGUGAUGUCAUGAUCAGACAGGAAGUGUGUAGGCGGAGCUGCUGGAGUGACAUCAUGGUUCCUCCCACCAGCAGCUAGCUGCCUGCCCUGUGACUGGCUGACGAGCUGUCCUAUCAGGCGUCUCCGUGUAGAUAGUGUACAGUCAAACUGAUCUGAAGUCAAUGUUCCAUCUAUGAGUUAAUUUAACGUUUAAACAACGUUUGUUUUGUGUUUCUGUAGUUUGUUUAAACUAAACCAAAGUGUUAUGAAGAGAACCUAUUGUCUGUUCACGAGUCAGCGCCAGAACCUCCACCUGACCCCCCUCCCCUGACCCCCCUCCCCUGACCCUCUCUCAUUCUUCUUGUUUCUUUCUUUCACUUCAUUCUCACGUUUUGUUGUACAUUAACUCUCCCGGAUUCUUCUGGACUCUCCCGGACUCUUCUGGACUCUCCCGGACUCUUCUGGACUCUCCCGGACUCUGGUUCUGGUGUUCGUGUUCCUCAGUGUAUUUUCAGGCCGAGUCUUUGGCGCUGCUGAGCUUCUCGCCAAGCGUUUGUUCAACAUGACGUUUGUUUUAAAGGAGCAGUCCUCAUUUGGUGUAACGUUGGUGUAACGUUGUGGGAACGUGAUUCUGUCUUAGAUGGAGCGAUGCUAGCAAUUUCCCUCUGCUACCAGUCUUUGUGCUAAGCUAGGCUAACGUGACUGUUCCUUUAAAUCGCGGCGUUCCGCCACCAAAGAGACAAACGAGUUUAAAUCAGAGGACACGAGACCAACUGACCGGAACUCGACUCUUAACUUUAUUAAUCUGAUGACAGUUUAUAUUUUUAAUUAUCUUGACAUGAAGAAAGUUUCAUGACGACGACGUAAAGAUUAGUUUCACACUUGAAGAUGACGUCUUCACGUUUGAUCAAACCAGAUACUUUUUUAAAAAACGUCUUUGAUGGCGGCGGGGUCCUCACAGCUGGAGAAUGUAAAUACAGUCUGUUCUUUAUCUGCCUGCAGACAAACUGCAACUUCACCUCCCAGUAAAAAUAUAUCCAACCA